AUGCGUUCAUUCCAGAGCACUGCGGGUUCUGUCUCGCGUAUCCUGCGAGCUUCACAAUGGCGAGCUAGCGAACGUCUGACUAUUCUAUCUAGCUCCAGUCGGCCGUUAUCGGCGCAUUCAAGAUCGCUGCACGCCGCACCCCCACGCAAGUCCUCAGCAACGGCGACAGCAAAGGACUCAUCGAAUCCGGCCAUGUCAUUUCCCUGCCUCGAUGCCCAGGACGCCAAAUCAGCGCUUCUCUCCGCACGGUCUUUGGAAUCAGGACCUGAGCCAUCGUAUACGACUGGAUCGCAUGAACGUUUCCACUGUGAGGAGCCGCUGCUCCUUGAUUGGGGCGGCGUGCUGCCGGAGUUUGAUAUUGCAUAUGAGUCGUGGGGCCAGUUGAAUGGGGACAAGAGUAAUGCAAUUCUUUUACAUACGGGGUUGUCGGCGUCGAGUCAUGCACAUAGCACUGCGUCGAACCCGAAGCCUGGCUGGUGGGAGAAGUUUAUCGGCCCUGGCCUGCCACUGGAUACGAAUAAGUAUUUUGUUAUAUGUACGAAUGUUCUCGGUGGCUGCUAUGGCAGCACCGGUCCGUCCUCGAUGGACCCAUCCGACGGCAAGCGGUAUGCAACCCGCUUCCCUAUCCUCACGCUGGACGAUAUGGUGCGUGCGCAGUUUCGUCUCCUGGACGCUUUGGGUAUCCAGAAGCUCGCAGCCUCUGUCGGCUCGAGCAUGGGCGGCAUGCAGAGUCUGGCUGCCGGCGUUCUGUUUCCUGAGCGCGUGGGCAAGAUCGUCAGCAUCAGCGGCUGCGCCCGCAGCCAUCCGUACAGCAUUGCCAUGCGGCACACGCAACGGCAGGUGCUCAUGAUGGAUCCUAAGUGGGCCCGCGGCUUCUACUAUGAUGCCAUUCCGCCGCACUCGGGCAUGAAGCUGGCUCGUGAGAUCGCUACUGUCACGUACCGCAGCGGGCCCGAGUGGGAGCAGCGGUUUGGCCGCCGCCGCGCUGAUCCAAGCAAGCAACCUGCCCUGUGCCCCGACUUCCUGAUCGAGACUUAUCUCGAUCAUGCCGGGGAGAAGUUCUGCCUUGAGUACGAUCCUAACAGCCUCUUGUAUGUCUCAAAGGCCAUGGACCUGUUCGACCUCGGCCACGCUCAUCAGACGGAAACCCAUCGCCGUCGCGCCGAGGCUGAGUCCCGCAUCGCCCGCGGUGAUACUUCCUCCAACAUCGACACCUCCUGCAGCUUGACUCUCCCAGACAAGCCAUACGAGGAGCAACCCGAAGCCGCUGCGUCUGUGCCACCCUCGAACGAGUCCGUCUCUUCUUGCGAGCUCGAUGGACCGCCACGCGACCUGGUAGCCGGCCUUGCACCAUUGAAGAACCACCCUGUUCUCGUCAUGGGCGUUGCUAGCGACAUCCUCUUCCCGGCAUGGCAGCAGCGCGAGAUUGCCGAGACGUUGCGCGCUGGUGGGAACCAGACCGUGGAACACAUUGAGCUCGGCGAGGACCUCUCGCUUUUCGGCCACGACACCUUCCUUCUGGACCUGAAGAACAUUGGCGGUGCGCUGGGCCGCUUCCUGAAGUAG